GUUUAUUUAAUUAAUUAUAUUUAUUGGCCUUACUUUGCAUAAUAUCAUCAUCGGACGCCUGACAAAACAAAAAAAUAUAAAUAAAUUAUAAGAUUAAGAAGUAUUGGUCAAGUCAUCGUCAGUAUCAAAUGUUGCUGGAAUUUAAUUUUUAAAUCAUAAAAUCUGCAGCUGUUUCAAUUUAUUUAAAAUACUUUUAAGUUUGCAUUUAAAUUCGAUUAAUUAAUUUAUUAAGUAAAUAACGAACGUAAAGUUUAAUAAAGUAAUUAACGAAAGUUAAUUUAUAAAUAAUAUAAAAUAUUUAUUACGGUUUCGCGGCAUUGCUUUGACAUUUAAAAUAUUGGAGCAGUAAAAUGCUCGUGGGAUCGCGUAAUUAUGGGACAGCGGUUUGCUAGCUUCCGAGAAUUUUUUAAAAUGGACAGUAAGCAAUCGCAUCAUCAUCAGCAACACAAGCAGCUCGAGCAAGAUCAUCAGCAAAUCUCGGAAGCUGGUACGGAUGAUAAUCAGCAUUCGUCAGCAUACGUGAUGCCGAAUAAUGAAGACAUCGAAAAUACAGGAGACAAUGAAAAUAAUGGAAAUCAAUUAGACAAUUCAUUAGCUGAUGAAAAUAAAGAACAAAAUCGAAAUAUAAACAACGAGGAAUUAAAUUUAGAAAAUCAUAAUUCACGUUUUGAGUCUAUUUAUAGUCAGCCGUUAGAUUCGACAACAACAACAACUACGACUACAAACACAAUACAAGAUAAUACUAAUAAAGCUUGUAAUAAUAAUGGUAAUUUUGUUGGUGCCACGGAAACAGAGUUCAAGCAACAGCAAGAGCCCUGCUGCAGUAGCUCGGGUAGUAGCAGUUCUGAAGAUAGCUCUGCAGAUCCAUCUCUCAGACGGACUUCGAAAACUUUGUCUUUUGUAAAACGCAAAUGCAAGCAACGUAACAAAGACCAAAACCAAAUCUGCAAUCAUACUACUUUGUCUUCUAAAAAAAAACGUAGCAAUUGGGUUUUAAAAUUCAAUUGCGCGAAAAGUAAAGGCUCCAAAAAUACAGAUAUGCCCGACCAACCAAACAAUAGCGCCGAGUGUGUCUGUACUGGGUACAGAAGUACUGAAGAACAUCCAAUGGGAGCUGGAGUUGUAUUUAAUAAUCAUUCAAUACCACAAAGUCCUGUUCUAGGACCACUGCCUCCUAGUCCCGUAAUUGAUUUGUCACGAUUUAAUCCUGCAGAAUAUCCUAUGGAGGAUUGUGAUGAACGAGCACGACAACAGCGAGCUCGAGAAAUGGAGGAAGGUGUAGAACCUCCACCUGGUUAUAGGCCUAAUUAUUCUUCCGCAAUUCAAGUUCAUCCGAACGGCAUAACCGUUGAAGACCUAACAGCACUAUUCCAAUCUCAUGUUGGCAUCCAAGCUGCUGCUGUCACCGCAUUGUCACAAAUGGACAUUACUCUCGUUUCAAACAUCGAAAGACCAGCUCACACACAGGUCGAUUAUGUUCACUGUUUGGUACCAGACUUACAGUCUAUAACAGCUUGUACUUUUUACUGGGGUAAAAUGGAUCGUUAUGAAGCGGAGCGUCUUCUUGACGGUAAACAAGAAGGCACAUUUUUAUUAAGAGAUUCAGCACAAGAGGAAUUUUUAUUCUCAGUGAGUUUUCGUAAAUAUGGAAAGUCACUACACGCAAGAAUUGAACAAUGGAAUCAUAAAUUUAGUUUUGAUUCACAUGAUCCUGGUGUUUAUGCUUCCGAAACGGUUUGCGGGUUAAUCGAACACUACAAAGAUCCAUCGUGUUGUAUGUUUUUUGAGCCGAUGCUGACAAUUCCACUGCACCGUAAUUUUGCUUUCCCGCUGCAACAUCUCUGCCGUGCUGUUAUCACAACGCGAACGACAUACGACGGCAUAAAUAAGCUACAGCUGCCAAAGACACUAAAAAGUUAUCUUAAAGAGUACCAUUAUAAACAGAGAGUACGCGUAAGAAGAUUGGAUAGCGAAAACGAUAUUAUGUUGUACGGAAGAUCCAUAUCAUAUUUACCAAUGAUUUAAAUUUGUUUUCGCUUCUAUAAUUAAUUAAUUGAUUGGUUAAUUAUUACUAUUAUGAAUACUAAUGUGUUACGUUGCGAUGAUUUAUCUCAAGGGAAACUGUUGAUAAAAUUAAUAUUUAAAAUUAUACGUUACUAGCUAAAAAGUACUAUAGUUAUUAUUUUUAAAAAUAAGGAUUAUUAUUAUUAUUUUUAAAAACUCGGUUUUACAAUCAAAAUAUUAUUUUGCAUAGUGAAUUAUUGUUUUGCGUUGAAGCAAAACCUAACGAAAAUAAAAGAUAAUUUAUUAUAUAUAAUAAAUUGUAAUUAUAUUUUAAUAAUUGUUAGAAAAAAAUAAAAAAAUUUAUAAAGUGUCGAACAGUAUUUAUAAAUAAUAUGAUACUUUAUAAAGUAACUGCAAUAUUUUACGUAACUAUUAUUAUUAUUUUAUAUAAAUUUAAUCAUCCAUUUUAUUUUAUUUAACUUUUACUUAAUAAUCGUUUUAUAUUUCAAUCACUUUGAUUUUCUUUACUUGAAAAAAUUUAUUAAUUAUUGAUAAAUUAAUUAAUUAUUUACUUGAGUUUAAAAAAAAAAUGAAUGAAAGGAAAUGAUAAAAUCUUCCCAGUUAUGAUAAACGUGAUCAGUAAUUUACUCCUAUCGUGCCUAUUUCUUAUUAUUAAUUGUAAUAAUAAUUAUAAAAAAAUAUAUAUAUAAAUAUAUAAAUAAAAUCACGUAAGUAAGAUAAAUUGUCCGUGUUGGUGUUCAUCGUUGUUGGAUAUGUAAAGUUGACUUUUUUUUUAUUUUAACAAUUUUCUAUUUCUUCUUUUUUUUGUAAAUUUAAAGGAGUAAAUGCGUUGAUAAAAAAAAUGUUGAUAAAAUUUUAAUUAUAAAAUGUACUCUAUUAAAAAAAAUGUAAUUAGGAAAAAACAAGUUGUAUUACCGUCGUUUAAAAUUAUAAAUAUAUAAAUAUAAAUGAUAAAUAAUUAUUAGAAUAAUUGUAAUUACGAAGGGAAAUGAUGGUAUGCAUACAAAAUAUGGGAAAUAAAAUUAUAAGAGAUUUUUAUUUUUAUUAAUAAUAAAUUUAAUAGCCUAAUGUAAUGAGUAAUGAGCAGCUGACUCUAAUAAUUUAUUUUUUGUUUGUGAAAGACUAUAAAUUAAUAAACUAAUUGAUUUAUUGAUUAGUUUAAUUGUUGAUAAAUAUGAACAAAAAGUAAUCACUGUAAUUGGUUUAUCGUUAUUAAUUAUAUAUAUAUGAUAUUAACAGGAAUGUGGACAGUAAUAAAAUGUUUAUUCUUUUGGUCAAUUAUUUGACCUACAUCACGCACCUGGAAAAUGAGCACAUGAGCUAGUGCAGAAUUAUCUUCAAAAAAUUUAUAUGAUUAAUGGAUUUUAUAUUUGGUUAAUUUUUAAUGAGUUGUAAAGUGCAUUAUAGUUUAAUUUUAAUUGCGUAGUACUAAUUAUAGUAAAUAUCGCGUUCUAAUUUCAAAAAGACAUUUUUUUUACGUCCUUUAGGGAACUCUUAAGUCAAAAGGGUGUAUAAUUUUUUUUGCCAACCGUUUUGUUCUUAUUUUUUAGCUAAAAAUUUAAAAAAAAAAUUUUGAAAGCCAAAAGGGCAUAUAGCUUAAAUUAUACACCCUCGGCUGUCAAAAGUUUUUUUUUUAUUUUAGCUUUAGAAUAAUUCUACAAUAUAAUUAGCAAUUAAAAAAAAAUUAUACGCUCUUUUAGUUUUGAACUUAGUGACUUAAAGGAAAGGCCGUACGAAAAUAUAAAUUCUUUUGGAAUUAGUGACGCAAUAUAGUAUUAUAAAUAAGCAUUGGAUAAUUCUGCACUAGUUCCGCCAUGUGCUCAUUUUCUAAUUUCCUGAUGCAGGUCAAAUAAUUGACCGAAUUGUAGCAAAAAUAAAAAUAAAUGCAAAAAAAAAACGUUUUAUUACUUUUUACAUUUCUGUUAAUGUAAUAUAUGUAUAUAUUUAUAUUUAAAUCAUGGAUGUGAUCUUUAAUUUGGUUAUUAAUUAUUUAAUCAUUAUACAUUGAAGUAAUAAAAUGCAUAAUAUAAAAAAAAAAUACUAAAUAAAUUAAAUUGAUUAUUUAUUGAUUAUAUUAUUCAUGUAACAUUCGGACCAAUUAUUAAUUAUAUAUUUAUUAUAAUACAAUGCAAUGCAUAAUUUAACAUAAAAUACGAAUUGAAAAAAUAGCUGAGUAGUAAUUGAAUAUAUAAAAAUAUUUUAAACUUUGAAAUGUAAUCAACAAUUAAAAAAAAAAUAAACAGUUACUUGAAAUUUAUAAUUAAAUGAAUUUAAAUAAUUAGUAUAAUUGAUAAAUAAAAAUUGAUUAUUAUA